UUAUGGUUUGAAAUGCUAAUUUCUGUUUUUAUUUUGGAUCUCUGGACAUGACGAUUACUCGAGCGACUAUUGGUUGGAUAAGCGUGCUGUUUGAUAGCCAACAACGUGAUUUAUCCGCUUGGUAAAACAUUAAAACGGGAGUUUGUUGUAUUGCGCUGUAAGUGCAGAUUAAAAUAACGGCCUACCAGGAUAUUUCAACAGCGAAAUGAGCUCUCCUCAUCCCCGGCAAUUAAUUCAGGCCAAACUGGGCCCAGGAGACUCGGUUGUUGCUGUUCAUGAAGUGAGCCAAAUGCAAGAAUGGGUUCGCACAUCCCGGCACCUGGCCCUCCUCGAGAACUCGACAAGCAACAGCUAUGCCCUCUUUGUCUACGUCAGCUCAGCCAUCCCUCCGAUCACAUCUACCGAACUUACCCUGGAGCGGAUUGUACCCAUCGGACCUGAUUUUAAGUGCAAUAUUGUAGAGUCCGACCAAGACCAGAGCGACGUGUAUUUGCACAUUUCCAAGCAAAAGUUGAAACUGCUUUUUGAGAUGGUGCCUGGAGACGCUACCAGUGCCUUUGUUGGAGAAAUUUUUCGCUGCAUGGAAAUCAUGUCCAAGGGUCGAGGGCCGCCUUCAGACGCAAGCUGGACUUCAAAGUAUGAGGUCAAGUGCGAUGAGGAGCCAGAGAUCGACAAGAACUUUGUUGAGCUUCGAAAUGAAACGCUGAGAGUUUUGAAGACUCGCAGUCGCUACUUGUCAGCUUUCGAGAUUGAGAGUGGAGAGCUGGUUGUGCCUCGGCAAAGCAUUGCCAAAGGCACGACUCCUAUUGCUGCCCGCGAAAGUGUGAUUCGGUACCAGAUGUCUAUGAAGGAAGAUGACUAUACCUACAUCCAGAGCUUUAAGAUAUUUGUUGGGACGUGGAAUGUAAACGGUCAACCCCCUACAAUCGGACUGCUAGAGUGGCUGAGCGUGGACACCGAGCCACCCGACAUAUACGCCAUCGGGUUUCAAGAGCUCGAUUUGAGGAAGGAAGCGUUUCUUUUCAACGACACUCCCAGGGAGGGAGAGUGGCUAUUGGCGGUGUCAAAAGCACUACAUCCCGGCGCCAAGUACAGAAAAGUGCAGCUCGUGCGUCUUGUGGGUAUGAUGCUGAUUGUUUUUGUGAAAGAAGCGCUAGUGCCACACAUCAAGCUAGUCGCCGCCGAGACUGUCGGAACUGGAAUCGCAGGGCGAAUGGGAAACAAAGGUGGAGUUGCUAUGCGUUUUGAGCUGCACAACACAUCGCUGUGCUUUGUGAACUCGCACUUGGCCGCCCACGUCGAGGAAUUUGAGCGGCGAAAUCAAGAUUAUCACGACAUCUGCUCGCGACUCACCUUUGGACAGCUUCUACCUCGGAAGAGCAUCAAAGAUCACGAUCAAGUAUAUUGGCUUGGCGAUUUGAAUUACCGCAUCACGGAAAUGGACCCGCAAUUAGCAAAGCAUCUAAUCGCCUCCGAGCGCUACCUGCCAGUUUUGGAAAUGGACCAGCUCAAGCUGCAGCACGAAAAGAAAAAUGUGUUCGUUGGUUACCAUGAGGGAGAGAUCAACUUCAAACCUACUUACAAAUACGAUCCCGGCACCGAUGAAUGGGACUCCAGUGAAAAGAAUCGAGCUCCUGCGUGGUGUGACCGUGUAUUGUGGAAAGGUGAAGGUAUUAAACAGCUAGUCUACCGGAGUCAUCCUGAACUGCGCAUAAGUGAUCACAAACCCGUCAGCUCGCUCUUUGAAUCAGAGAUCAGGGUGAUUGACGUGGUGAAGUACAGAAAAAUACACGAGGACGUGAUGAAAAAGCUGGACAAGUUGGAGAACGAGUUCCUCCCACAGGUCACAGUGGACAACACAGAAAUAAUUUUGGACACGGUCCGGUACCUUGAGCCGCAGAAAAAGGAACUCAUCAUCGCCAAUACUGGACAGGUGCCAGUGCAAUUUGAGUUUAUCAAAAAACUUGACGAUCGAAGCUUCUGCAAGGAGUGGUUGAACAUCGAACCGUAUCUGGGAUUCAUAAUGCCGGGCGACAAAUGUGACAUUCUCCUUGAGGUUUUUGUAGACAAAAAAUCCGCCUGCAAACUCAACUCCGGCGAAGAUAAGCUCUACGACAUUCUUGUGCUGCACCUGGAGGGAGGCAAGGACAUUUUCAUCACCGUGACUGGAACAUACGAGCGCAGCUGCUUCGGCAUGUCCAUUGAGGCGCUGGUUUACAUGCCUCUGCCCAUUAGAGAAGUGCCAAUAAAGAAGCUCAUGGAUCUCGAGGCGAAAGCGGGCGUCAACCCACCAAAGGAACAAACACCUCUGCCAGUGCCCAAAGAAAUUUGGUUCCUUGUUGAUCACCUAUACAAGCUUGGGCUGGAGCAGCAACACCUAUUCGAACACCCAGGCCUGCACACAGAGCUUAUUCUAAUAAGGAACUGGUUGGACGAAGGCUCAAAAGAACCGAUUCCUGGGAGUGUGCAUUCUGUGGCUGAAGCGCUGCUGCUCUUGCUAGAGUCAACUGCAGAGCCAGUCGUGCCUUUUUCAUUGCACGCAAAGUGUCUCGACGCAUCAUCAAACUACGCGCAGUCUAAAGAAAUUGUGAAUCAAUUGCCGAUUCACCGGAAGAAUAUUUUCCUCUACUUGUGCUCAUUCCUGCAGGAGUUGCUCAACUAUUCAAACCGCAACGGCUUAGACGCCAAAACACUCGCAACCCUGUUUGGAGGCGUGUUCCUUCGAGAGCCACCACGGACAAGCAAUAUGCAGCGGCAACAGGCUGCCGAUCGCAAGAAAGCAAGUUUCGUUUACAACUUUCUCGUCAAUAGCCAUUCGGACUUCCUGGACAAACACUGAAAGGACCGAUUGGUUGCCUACUUAACAUUCGCUACUUGUACACCUGUAGAACAUUCCACAAUUCAUCACAAUCUUUUUAGCAGCUUAUUGUGUUACUAAUUAUUAAUUUAUUUUUGCUCUUAAAUCGAGCGACUGCAUUUAAAAUAGAGAAGUUCUCCGCAGUGAAGUGAGUCAGAAUGUGUGAUUAUAAUCGGGAUAGCAAAAGUUUUUAUGUCAUCUCUUAAAGUGAUUUAACAUCGUUGCCUGUUAUUUUGCGCUUUGGAUGUAAAAUACGACUUUAAAUCAAAUGCAAAAUGUUUUGGUUGUUGCAUCAUUAAAAAUUUGGAGAAUAAUAAAUAAAAAAUUAAUUUUAUUGCAUUAAGAAAAUUAAAAA